AUGGAGUUCGAAAACAAACCCCCCUUCCGCUGCGGCGUGGGCUUUCUGGGCAAUGAGGCGCAGCCCGAAGAACCUGAAGUGCCUGGGAAGCUGCUGCUGCAGCUGCUGCUGGGGCUUUGUUUGCUGCACGGCUUCCAAACUGUGUGGCUGCUGGACUCAGCAGCAAAUGUGCACUCCCGCGAACUCCUCAAGUUCGCAAUGGCAGCAGAAGCUGCCACUUCUUAUUACGAGACCAGCGGCUUCCUCUUCAGCGUGGACACUGUGCUGCAGCGCCACACCCCCGUGGUUUGCGGCUCCUUCGAGGCCCCCAGCAGCAGCAGCAGCAGCAGCGAGGGCCAGCAGCAGCAGCAAGACCUCGACGCCAUCUGCGCAGUCCACUCCGACUUGCUGCAGACUCCUGGCUCAGACCCCACAGUUCUUUUUCCCUUGAAAGAAAAAGCUUUCAAGUUGCUGCAGGGCCUCACUUUCGACUGCAGCGCCCCCUCCUGGGCGGGCUGCAACAGCAGCAGCAGCAGCAGCAGCAGCAGCAGCAGCAGCAAUGACCUGUUCCCGCUGCUGCGGCUGCAGCAAAACGGCCGCUGCGCCUUCCAGGAGCAGCCAAUGUGGCAGCAACUUGCGCAGCAAAGUCCGAAGCACUGCGGGCUGGGGGCGCGGGUGGGGGCCUGCCACAAGUGGGUGCGGCAGCAGCUGGGCUGCAGCAGCAGCAGCAGCAAAGGCUGCCCCUACCUCAAGUUUCUUUACUCCAACUUCAUCACUCCCGGCUCAGACUCUGCGCAGAAGCUGCCGCCUGCUGUGGCUAGCUACUGGGAGGCCCACGGCCGGCAGCUAGCUGCAGCUGCUCACGUGUCGCCGCGGCAGCUGCUGCUGCGGCUGCUGCAGAAGGAGCUCGACAGCUGCAGCAACAGCAGCAGCCUGCAGCGCGAAAUGCAGCGCCUCGGCCUCGACUGCGAGCAGCUGCAGCGGGACGGAGAGCUGCUGCAGGAGGUGCUGCAGAACUCCCUGCUGCUGGUCGACUACACCAGUCUGCCCCAGUUCUGGGUGUCGCGAGCAGCAGCAGCAAACGUUGCAGCAGCAGGAGCAGCAGCAGCAGCAGCAGCACGACACCACCCCCAGUGCCCUGCUUCCUUUGCCUGGGAAUUCAUUCGCCGCAUGCAAGGCCAGAUGUACAGACACACCAGCACCUCCAGACCCUCCAUAGGCUCUGUAGCAGCAAUUCGCCCCCAUGCCUUAGACGAAGAGCGGCAUUAG